AUGGAUUGGGACUCUGAUGAUCAGGCCCUGUCACCAUUUGAGCAACGCGAUCAGGAGGAACAGGCCGAGGCUUGGUACAACCAUCCUCUUCGCGUCCAAAAUCGGUUACUCCUGGAGGAGAACUUGCGCCUCAAAAAGCUUCUCCGGGAAAAUGGCAUAUCAUGGGAUCCUCGAUUAGUUCUUGAUCCUAAUGAUCCGACCCGCACUCGAGGCACGUGGACUUCUCGUAAAAGGACGCGAACUCGGUCAUCAAGAGGAUCCCAAUCACAACAGGAGGGAAAGAGAUCCCUCCCGACCCUCCCUAUGGAGAUUCAGCUUUACAUCCUCGAGUAUGCCAUGACGAGCAAGUAUCCUAUCAUCGAUCCGCUAUGCAAGCUGAACAAGGAAAACUUGACCGUCGCCGAGAAGACCCGCCCUAACCAGAUCGCCAUCGGUUUCCUCGCCACUUGCAAAGCUUUCUAUAUGGAAGGAACUCGCUUCUUGUGGAGCAAUAAUACUUUUGUGUUCACCAAUCACCAUGCUUUGCGGAAUUUUUCCAAUCUCGAUCUCAGCCACCGCCAGGGUAUCAAACACGUCAUUUUCCGGAUCAUUGCUCGCUAUUAUGACGACGAAGAGCGGCCACAUCUUGCUCCAUAUCCUUCUGCGGAGUAUGCUCAUGAAAAGAUGAUCAGCCUGAAGGUGAUUCCUCGCAUCAGGGAGCAAAAUCUUACGCGCAAGGGAUUCCGCAGCUACACUUGGGAUCAAGUCAUUGACUUCCUGGACGCUCUAAGGCCACCAUUCGACCCAAACCACCCCAAAGGCCAACCACGUCCUCGCUUGUUGCCCAACUUGGAGUGCUUGAGGAUUGAUUUUGUCAACUUUCCUGAAAACUAUCUUUCACCUCCUGGCGGACCCACCCUCCAUAACCUUGCCUCACACGACCUUGGUUGCACCUUAAAUGAACUUCAACUUACGGGCCUUCCAGAUUGUGCAUGGGGCUUGGAGAUGUCUGCGCAGUUGUCAAAAAUGAUCAAGGAUGACGGGUUGCUUCUGAAAGCAGACUCAACAUAUGUUUUCUCUGGCGGCCGGCUUCGCCUGAUGUCAGAACGCUCGAGGUGGAACCCGACCUGGUAUCCCAAGGUAGUUCGUGCAUGGAAGGUACUUGCAGAAGAGUACAUGCGUGCUAAGAAGAAGUCGGGAUCAACACCUUCUUCUGUUCGUCUUCAUCGCCAUGGCCAUGAUGUGCACGUUCAGAUGCCACCUGCUCCCAAAGAAGAAGGACAUCCAAAGUCAAUCUGGAGAGAACGGCGGACCCUGUUCAAGAGAGUACCUGUCAGACAAGACAGCGAUGAGCGUGUCUGGUGCGAAUUUGACCGUCUUAGUGGUGAACCCAUUGAUGCCGAGGAGUAUGAUUCGGAUUUGGACGAGUAUGAUGUGGAUAUUCUUGUCUGUCUUCACUGCGGCAUCAUGCACUCACCUUAUAGUGAUGACUGA